AUGAAUAAAAUGUGCUUCACGUCAUCAAAGUUUUCGUCAUUAUCAACUACUUUACAUACAAGAUUGGUGAGAUUAUGUGCAAUAUGGUACGUCUUGAUUUUGUUCUACUUCGCUGAUGUCGGGAGUCACCCUCUGUCUGAAAGAGAACACCUCAACUUCAAAUGGAAUGAUUUCACGUUUGUUGACAAAGAUUUAGCCAAGUCAAUAAUUUGCUCCCCUCAAGCCAAUCAAGAUAUCUGUUCACAUUUAGAGAAGUUAUUGGAUCUCUCCAAAUUUCUGAGCAUGGAAGCACUAUCUGAGUUUUUCUGUUAUGCGAAUCCUUGUGUACAAAUACCGUCGUCGUCAAGUACUGCAUUAAAUUCGCCACGUAAAGAGAAACGAAGUUUAUGCAAUAUCGAUGGAUGUUACAGCGAUGACUAUUAGAAAAAAGAAGGUUCCACGACGUAAAACAGAUUCACCUCUAAAUAUAUAUUGGCAUGUUUUUAAACCGAAUACUUGAAUUUUCAAUAAACAUGGUUGUAAUAAAUAUUUUAACAACCUAUCACUUAUCACUUUUCCUAAUGAUACUCUGCAAAGUCUUCUGUUCGUGUCCUUAUCAGAUUCGUCAUCGGUGCCUGUUUAUUACAGAGUGGGAGAGUUUAGAUUUAAAUUUUAGUCAGUUG